GCUCAAGCAGGCGGCCAUGUGCGUGCGGUUAUUGCAGUGAAAACAAACCGAAAGAUCUUCGGGACCUGUUUGCAGGACAGCACCGCUUUGCGAACUGUUCACGGUGUAUGAUUAAGGUUGUUUUGAACAUUGUUCAAGUGCCAAGUUCCUCUGAUGAACAGCAAAACGGUGAUGUGGUCGGAAGAGCUGUGCUAGCUUGUGCGCCUGUCGCCGUGUGCUGGGCAAGUUAGUAGUAAAGAAAUCGCACAUACACUCUCUUUGCGAGGCAACAUCCAACUCAAAAUGUUGAAAACACCUUCCACGACUCUCAGUUUGUUAAGAAACCUCCGAUCACCAAUCCAUGAGAAAAUUAGGACAGCCAAAAUACUCAGGCGAGUUGUCGAGCCCCUUCUGUCGAAGACCUGGUACAAGCAGCCUCGAUCACUGAUAAAAGAGAACUACAUCUAUGUCUGCGAAGAAGUCACCGAAGAUAGGAAGAAGCCAAACAUUGACGUCAUUCUGACGCAGUUUGUUGAAGGGCUUGGUAACAAGUGGGACGUCGUGUCCGUGAGGCCAUUUUAUGGCUUGUCCCACCUGAUUGUCCCAGGACUGGCCAUGUACGCAACACCAGAAAAUUUAAAACUACGUGAUAAAAUGAGGGUGGGGAAAGAAGACUUGGGUCCAGUGUUUAGUACCCGUACUUCUCCGGUGAUGAUUCGCAUGCUCAAAUCUACAAUCGUCAGACUUCCCAUGAACAGGGAUCAAGGAUGGACCGUGGAGCCCUGGCAUCUUAGGAUUGCCCUUCGACAAGUGGGUAUUACUGUACCAGAAGAGGCCAUAGAGCUUCCUGAAACACCCAUUACUGGACCGGACUAUGCUGGAAAAGAGAACAAGGUGUUUCUUGCCACCAUUUACGUCAACAAAGUCGACAAAGGCAUGAUCCCCUUUCGGAUCCAACACGUCGGCAAAGCUGUCAGAGUGGACGAAGGUACAGAGGUGCCGUUCGAGAAACUGCCGGUUGAAGCUCUUUUUCCAGAGCAGGAAGCAACGCUUCAAGAGCUCUUCCCGGCAAGAUUCAAACUGCACGGGCACACGGACAUCACGACGUCACCAACAAAGCCAACUGAUUCUAGCUAACUUGCUGUAGACUUCAUUAAAUGACAAGUUUAGAUUAUG